AUGUAUAGCAGGAAGAGAAAGCGAUACACGAAUAGUCUUUCACCUCGGGAGAGCACGGAACCGCAGCAUGGUCAGGACGAUGCAAACCCAACACAUAAAUAUCCAGUACAGAUACAAGCUACACAAAGACCGAAAACGAAUGAUGUGAUCGAAGCAUAUCGCGGCAGAGACCACUAUCUAGGACGCCAUGUAUCUUUUGACGAAGCAAUUGCAUCGCCUAACCACCAAGAUUCAGAAUUAGGAUCCGGAUCAGGAUCCAAACUUUCGUCAGCGGAUCUUGAAUUAUUAACGCACCAAGGCGCAUUCCAGCUACCGCCGAAAUCAGUGCAAGAUGAGUAUAUAACAGCUUAUACGAAAUACUGCAAUGUCUGGACGCCAAUUGUUGAACCUGAAUGGCUACAUGGGCAGUCUGUGUCCUAUCUCCUCCUCCAAUCCAUACUACUAGCAGCGAGCCGCGUCUCGAAACAACCUAGCAUCCAUGGAACGAGUGCAGACUUUUACCGCCGCGCGAAAUUGCUGUUUUUCUUUGGACAUGAGCGAAAUCCGCUUGUCUCUAUUGUCAGCGCGGUUCUGCUGCAUUGGUAUAAUCCCGUCGGACCGGAGACGAUAUCGACUGAUACGAGCGGAUUUUGGUUGAGAACUGCGGAGGCGAUUGCGUUUCAGAUUGGGUUGCAUAAAGAACCACCGGGAUCUGGUACGAAUGAGAGAAAAAGGGAGAGGGCGCUAAGGAGAAGAUUGUGGUGGACUUUAGUCGUCCGGGAUUGUAUUAUUUCGGCGGGUGUUGGGCGGCCUCGCACUAUAAAUCUGUGCGAUAGUGAUGUGUUGCCUCCAUCGCUGGAGGACUUCGAUAAGGGAGAAGUUGUGACGAACCGGUUAUUCCUCGUCUACGCAUCAAUAUGUCAACUCCUAGGCGACAUCGUGGAAAGCUGUUUACGCCCCCAACAACAACCCAACCAGAACCAAAAAUCCCUCGAGAAUGCGCUUUAUCGCUGGGUCAAACAGGACUUCCGAAGCGUCACUACACUCAGUCCUGGUUCAUCAUCGCAAUACACCCUCGAAGCCCGACAGAUCAUGCUAACGUACUUCGCGAACCUGAUCAUACUCGACCGCACUCCGACUUCCGAUGGUAUCCCGUCUGCCAGGUCGUUCAUAGCCUCGUCGUUCAUUUCAGGUAUAUACAAGGAAUUCCUAUCCCGCGACGAACUAUGCCGUCUUGGUCCCGUUUUUGCAUUCUACGCUUUGUGCGCAGGACUCGCAUUGAUACCUGCUAUCAGGUUUCCUGUUUUACGGGAAAUGGCUAUUGAGGAAUUGCGCAUACUUAUGGAUUCCCUAAAGAGAUUGUCAAGACAAUGGGGUUCUGCAUUUGGCGCACUGCGCGCGUUACAGAGGCUCGGGGGCGAGAUUAGUCAAAUGCCGACGAGGGGUGAUCCGGUCCCAUUGUUGCGAGAGGAAAUGGUGCCAUUUUUUGAGGAUUUUGGGAAAAGGUUGUGUCGGCAGUGGAAUGUGUUUUUUGGUGGCGAGGAGCUGACUGCCACGGAGAUGGUUCCGCAGGGGUUGUUGAAUGAGGCUUUGAGCGUGGCUGAGAUGCCACCCUUCGGUGCUUCUAAGACCGGGACUGGGAAUAUAUUACCGGAAUCAGCUGGCAAGACGGACUUUGGAGAUCUGGAUCUGUUUAGUGGGAAUUGGGAAGGUGUCGGAUUUGAUUGGAGCGGGUCUUGGUUAUUAGAUGAUGUUAUAUCACAUAUCAACUAA